AUGGAUGGUUUGAAUACAACCAACCAGGUGCACCAUGAGAACAAUUUAGAACACGUCCUGAUUCUGACGCCAUUCAAAGAAUCCGCACGCCACAUCGAACGUUACUUUGAGAAUGUCAAUCGGUUGACUUACCCUCACAAUCUUAUUUCGCUUGCCUUUCUUGUGAGUGAUUCCAACGAUGGGACGGUUGAGAAACUGCAGGAGUAUGCCGGCCGAUUUAGAUUCCAACAGGAAGCCUGGCAGAGGUUCCGGCGGAUAUCUAUCUUUCAGCGGGAUUUCUCAUUUGAAUUGGCUGGCAAUGAGGAUCGUCAUGCGUUUGAGGUUCAGGUCAAGCGGCGGCAGAUUAUGGCCAAGAGCCGCAACACGCUCUUGUCAGCCGCCUUGACCGAAGAGAUCUCGUGGGUGCUGUGGCUGGACGGGGAUGUGAUUGAGUAUCCUGCGACGUUGCUAGAGGAGUUGAUUAGUCUGGACAAGGAUAUUGUUGUGCCCAACUGUUACUGGCACUCGUACAAUGAAGAAGGCGGGUAUGACAAGAACAACUGGCAAGAGACGCCUGAGAGUUGGGCACUUCAGAAAACGCUUGAGCCCGAAGAUGUGCUGGUCGAAGGCUAUAAAGAAUUGACUACUCAUCGUAGACUGAUGAUUGAUAUGAAGGGUGCUGAUGAUCGCACCGAUAUAUUUUAUGCAGUACCACUUGAUGGUGUUGGGGGGACGUGUACGUUAGUAAAGGCAGAGGUUCAUCGGAACGGGGCUGUGUUUCCACCAUUCUCAUUCAAACACCAGGUCGAGACUGAAGGGUUGGCAAAGAUGGCAAAGGCGCUUGGGUAUGAAGUAUGGGGAUUACCAAAUUACCUUGUUUAUCAUUUUAUCUAG